UGUGAGUGACAGCGAUAAGUACGCCGACCUCUUGGUGUUCGGUUAUGCCUGCAAGGUCUUCCGAGACGACGAAAGAGCUCUCUUCCACGAACAUGGCAAACACCUCAUUCCAUGGAUGGGGGACAAGAAGAUCACUAUUGAUAGGUCGGUUGAACAAACUUAAAAGGAAUCGUUAUUAACCACAUCUGUCCCAUUGCCUAUUGAAGGGACUGUCUGGAGUCAGUUUUGCAGAAGCCAGAAGCCAAUGUUUCUUCCUGACUACUAAUCUGUCUUUGGAUCUAUGAACUACAAAUGAAUUGUAGGUUCUUUAAUGCCAAGAUGCGAAUCCAUGCCAAUUAUGGCAAUCUUGUUGCCUAUCACGAUUUAUGUAUUUUGUGAUCAUGGGAAAUUCAGACCAGAGACUCCACUCAAGUUGCUUAGCAUUUAUAACCCUCAAGGCAAACCAUGUCAACCUUGAAGUGGACUGCGCCUUGGCAUGCCGGAAAUAAUUUUCUCUGGAAAGCUAAGAUCCAGGCAAUAAAUAUGAUGGAUAUGGAAUAACAAUAAAAAUAUGAUAAAGUAAUACCUUCCGAUUGACUUAUUGUUGUAAGGCCAACAGUACAACGCUGUCUUGGUAUGUUGCCAUGCUGAUGCCAACCAAACCAGAGCAAAUUCUGUUCAACCUGACCUUAAUCUCUUGUAGCCCAGAGUUAAAAGGAAAACAUCAACUCUUGUGUAAAAGCUCAGUCUGUCAUUCCCAAAUGCUUUCUCGUCUCUUAACAUAAUAUUGCUUUUGACUCACUAAAGCAAUAUCUUGUGAGAUUCCAAUGCACUAAUCGGCAUGCUUUUAAAAAAGUGCAAAGUUGUGCGUUUAUUUGAUCGCUGAAUGAUUGUGACUGACUGACCGAUCAGCCUUUUCCAUGACAUGUAUUCGAUCGAAACCCUCUUUGGUCUGCCUUCAGCGUGCUCCUGUUUUUUUAUUUGUGCAGCCUAUGUAUGUAUGUCUUUAUCACAUAACCCAGUUCUUCCCCCAGCAAGGGAGGCAAAGGGGUCCCGCCAGACCCCCAAUGCCCAACACCAGAACCCCUCCAUUUCUUUGUCUCCGUGAAGAAACUUCAACUGAGCGGUGGCGUAGAGGAACGAACACAGGGAAAUGUCCUCCGUUUGGGUUCUUACGGAUAGAUACGAUGGACGUGGUCACGUGCAUGACCUCUCAGAGUAUGACAGCGGGUCGUGGAACACGUCCUACCAGCUGUCGGAGGAGGAAGCCCGCAUCGAGGCGCUGUGCGACGAGGAGCGCUACCUGGCCAUGCACACGGACCUGCUGGAGGAGGAGGCCCGACAAGAGGAAGAGUACAAGCGUCUGAGCGAGGCCUUGGCGGAUGAAGGCACCUACACUGCUGUGGGAUUCAAAUACACCGCCGACUACUACGAUCCCUCACAGCCCACCGAGGAGGAGGAGGCCAACAGAGAGGCUGAAGAAGCAGAGCAGGAUGAAGACGAGGAGCCCUUCGUAGCACCGGCCGGUCUCACCAUCCCCCCCGACGUAGAGCUGCCGGCGACCAGCAAGACCCACGCCAUCAUCGAGCGGACGGCCAACUUCGUGUCCCAGCAGGGCGCCCAGUUCGAGAUCGUGCUGAAGGCCAAGCAGUCGGGCAACUCCCAAUUCGACUUCCUGCGCUUCGACCACUACCUCAACCCGUACUACAGGCACAUCCUGCGGGCCAUGAAGGAGGGCCGCUACACCGCCACCGCCGACAAGCCCGAACCGGACCCCGACUCGUCGGAUGACUCGGACGCAGACGGCGACGGCAGCUACCUGCACCCCAGCCUGUUCGCCCCCAAGAAGAAUGCCCGCCUGGCGGAGAUCAUGAAGCCUCUACAGGUCAUGGACCCCGAUCAUCCGCUGGCCGCGCUCGUUCGCAGAGCCAAGCUGGAGAGCAACGGCGGCUACGCCAUCGCCGCCACACCCAGCGAAGUCCUGGAGCCGCCGCCGGCAAGCACGCCCCCACCGGCACAGUACUCCGCUGACCCCACCAUGUACUACGGCUACUACAUGCUCCCCGACGGCACCUACUGCCUGGCCCCGCCCCCUCCGCCCGGCAUCGAGGCGAGCACCUACUACGCCAACACGCCCCCAGGGACCACGGCUCCGCCCACCGGCGCAGAGGACCUGCUACCCCCGGGGACCGCGCUUCCGCCUGCCUCCGACCCUGGCCCCGCGCCACACACGAUUUCCGCACCGCCUGCCCUCAUCAAGAACGCUACCCCGGGUCCCGCCCCGGCCCCUACCCCGGCCCCUACCCCGGGUCCCACCCCGGGUCCCACCCUGGGUCCCGUGCCGGCCGCCGUCGUCGCCCCGCCCGCCCUCGUCCAGGAAGCAAGUACGCGCCCCCCACCGGUGUCCCGGGCCGCGACCAUGCCCGUACCAGCGCCCGCGGUCAUCAUCCCCCCGCCGCCUGACAUCCAGCCCGUCAUAGACAAGCUGGCGGAGUAUGUGGCGAGGAACGGUGUCAAGUUCGAGACCAGCGUGCGCGCCAAAAACGACCCCCGAUUUGAUUUCCUGCAGACCUGGAACCAGUUCAACACAUAUUACGAAUUCAAGAAGAACUACUUCAUGCAGAAAGAAGGGAUAAGCUUGGCGGAGAGCGAGUCGGCUGAGACCGCAGAGGAUAAUGAAGCAAAGGAGGCAAUUGUUACUAAAGCCGCGUUCGCCCCGAUCUGUUUUGCCAUCAGGGCCAAAGACAACGACAUGCUGCCCCUGGAGAAGAACCGUGUCCGUCUGGACGACGACUCGGACGAGGACAAGCUGCUGGAGGAGCAGUGUGCGGCGGUGCUGAUGGCCCGGCCCGAUCUGGCUGACAAGGAGGUCGCGGGGCCGGGGGCCACACUGGAGGAGAAGAGGCCCGCUCUGACCCCGGAGGAGCUGGAGGCCAAGCAAGCCAAGCUGAAGCUUGAGGACCGGCUGGCGGCGGCGGCGCGAGAGAAGCUAGCCCAGGCCAGCAAGGAGUCCAAGGAGAAGCAGCUGCAGGCGGAGAGGAAGAGGAAGGCCGCCCUGUUUCUCCAGACGCUGCGGGCGCCAGGCUCCGGGGAGCCAGAGGCAAAGCGGGCGGAGCUGGACCCCGUGACCCCCCGACAGGUCAAACCGCAGCUCUCGGUCAUGGCGUGCCCCCCGCCCGCCCCCACCUCCUCUUCCUCCUCCUCCUCUGUGGCUCCUGCGUACCUCCAGGACCAAAGGGCCCCCGUGGAGCACCAGGGGGCCCACAGAUCCAGGGAGGGGACCACCACCACCGCCGCCACCUCCUCCUCGGCCCACUCUCACUCCCACUCCCGCUCCCACACCACCUCCAGGGGGGCGGAGCCGGAGCGCAGCAAAGGGCGGGACAAGGACAAGAAGAAGAAGAAGCACAAGAAGAGGUCCAGGUCAAGGUCGAAGACCAGACACGCCCUCCCCAGCGCCUACAGGAGAACCAGGAGGUCCAGGUCCCGGUCGCCGGGCAGAAGGGACCGCAGGGCCCCCUCGGCGGAGAGGAGACACGAGGAGAGGGAGAGGGAGCACCACCACCACCACCACCACCACCACCACCAGCAGCACCGCAGGGGCCCGGCCAGAUCCAGGUCCCCUCCCGAGAAGAGAAAGUCCUCUCUUCGGUCCUCGGGAGCUGUGCCUCAGAGCGCAAGCUCCGCCUUCUCCCCCUCAUUCUCACCCCCCGCAGCUCACUCACCCUCGGCUAGCCCCGCCUCCAGCCUGGGCCAAUCAAGGGCUGCGUCUCAGGAGAAAGAGAGUGCUGUGUCUUCGUCCAUAGUGUCCUCCGUUCAGGCCAAAAUCACUCAGGAUCUGAUGGCCAAAGUGCGUGCGAUGCUUGCUGCCUCGAAAACCUUCCAGCCCACUACCUGAAGAGGGAGGGGGUUCGAACGACCAGCCUCCAAUAGGAACCCCUUCAUCAUGAUGACAUCUGGGGUAACAAUUCCCCCCAGCCAAUCAGCAUGAUGCAACCGACUGUCACCGGCAAACCAUAUCAAUUUCUCUCCCUAGCCUUUUUUUUUUUUGAGGCCGCAACAAAUAAUUGUUGGGACACUGGGUUGUGUGUAUCGUUCAGUAAGUAACUAAAGAUGGAUCAUGUGUUCCUGACCUACAGUCAAACACUCACACACCUGUCCAGGGCCAGAAGUUGUCAAACCAGAAAAAGUGUUAUGACUUCACAACAGAGCCCCAUGGCUGCCAGAGGCCUGCAUCUCAUCCUUCUGUGAAGGGUUAGUUUGUUUUGUUAAUUCUUCCUCCUCCACCUUUUUAACAGUUUUAGUUAGGACUUUAUAUUGUUCCUCAGCUCCAGUGUGUGGCCUUCUACCUUCUGUUUCCAGAAUGAAAGUCGGAGCUCCUUUGUACUGCAAAUUGUCAAUAAAGUUUGAACUUGAAUUUA